UAAUCCUCAGAUUAUUUUUUUUUGUGGGUGUUUGAGAAGAACAGUCGGAAGAAGAUCGCAGGAUGAGCGCCGAAGAUUUUCAGAAGAAGGUUUCGAUCAGAGAUUCACUUGCCGACGAAAUCGAAAUCGAAGACGGCAUCGCCGGCUCCGCCGUCGGCGGAGGCUUCGGCGCCGGAAGAACCCUGCUUCAGCUUCGGAGGCUGUUAGAAAUUCAACAGCAUCGAGCCCAGGCUUACGCCAAGCUCAAAAGAGGUUUCUCGGAGUAUAUGGAAACUGGUGCGGAAUCACCUUAUCAGAAGCUUUGCAGUGAGAUCACAGUGGAAUUCGGUGACUGUUCGAAACAAGUGCGUGAAAUGGAAACCCUGUUUCUGAAUCCCGAACUUGGACGAGCUGAUCUCGCUGAGCUUCUCAGAAACAUUCAAACCCAAGAAAAGCAGAAACUGCAUUUGACGGCGACAAUACAGGUAUUGAAGAAGGCAGGUCGGCCAUCAGAACGAGUGCUAACUCACGAGAAGUGCAAAUUCAAGAAACCGAUGGAGCACGAAUGCGUGCAUCUGCACGAGAUAACGGAGGCAGUGGGAACAGAGGACGCAGAGGCGGAUGCUGAAUACGACAAUGCUCUCAAGGAAGCCAUUAGAGGAGUGCAGGAAGCUGUUACUUCCAUCAACGAGUCCUUGGAAGAAAUCCGGUAUGAAAUAGCUGCCCUUGAAGAUCACUGACUUCCUUGAUUUUUAUGCCCAUCUCCGAUUGCCUCUCGAGGUCAUAAAUCGUUUUUGUUCAUUUGGCGUAAGUACUGCUAAAAAAGAUUAGGACAAAGCAUGUAAAAGAAUGGGAAGUAAUUAGAUUUAUUCCUCAAAGGCAUACCUCUUGUGAGUUGCUCUAUGUAGCCAUUGCAGACGAGAAGACGUUAUGAAAUACACUCCGUUUCAUAACGUUUUCAUUCUUCA